CGCGCGCGCGGGGCCCAGCCAAUUGCGGCGGCCGCGGCGGCGGCAGCGGCGCCAAUCGGGGGCGCGGGGGGCGGCGCGGCAUUCAAACGCGGGGGCGCGCACAAGGGAACGGCUGCGGGGAGGUGGCGGCUCGGUACCGAUCCGGGCCCCGGUUUCGUCCUCGCACUGCGACAUACGUAUCCGCAAUCAUAACUGGCAGGAGACAAUAGCAGCUGUGUAAACUUGUCUCGCAGUGGAAGGUUGUUUUGAUUAAAGAAGGCAAAAAUUUGGGAUAUCAGAUCUUGAUCUGAGACCAAAACAAUGCACUCAUAGAGCAUUCUACCUUCAAACUAGAGUUUUGCAGUGGAAUUGCAAUACAAGACUUCUUUGUGGACUUGCGCAAACCUAAAUAGCUGUAAAAAUCAACCCUGUUCUCUUUCAAGACUCCAACUAAAAGUCUGCUCAGGUCUGCUUUUCUCGUUUCAGAAAUAAAGACGUUCUUGACCAAGAACUGGAACAAGAUGGCAUCUGUGCUCCAAAAUGUCAGAGCAACAGUGGCUUGGAGGAAACACCGGCUCCUAGCUGACCUCAAUGAGAAUGAAAGCCCCGUGCCUGACAAAUUCAAGAGAAGGGCCUCUCUGAGUUCUCUCAAUACCAUUCGUAUGUCUUUAAGGAAACGGGUACCAUUAAAGCAAGUCGAGCUGAAUUUUCAUACAACCCCAACUAGGGAAAGUCUGGAACCAAGGCAGAGGUGCCAAACUCUUCAGACUAUUAAAAAAAGAGCAAAAUAUGCUUUUGGAACAGUGUCCCAGAAAAUACGGAAGUCUUGCCAAAGCCCAGUACGCUCCAUGGUGACCUUUCCAGCUGAAUCCAUCAGCAGAAGCUGUGUGACGAGUUCUACCAAAAAAAGAACUGCUACACCUCGAACACCUAGCUAUAAGAACAUUACUCCAGCAGCCAGUUCCAAAGGCACUCCAAGGUCCAGCAAAAGGGCCUUGCUUGGGCCAACAAGGGUGUCAGAACAUAGAGAAUUGAGGGGGUUCUCAUCCUUGCUUGGUAAAAAUGUUGUCUCUCUUCGGAGAUCCAGAAGAGCAGCAGCACUGAAAAGCCCUUAUUCAUCUCCUGCUCCUUCCAGCAGAAAGAUAGAGUUUGACCACGAGUUGGAACUGGUCUCCUCAGGGAUUUGCCAAUUGAACCGCAUCUCUCAAGCAUUCGAUGAUGCCAUGGUGAAAGAGGAGAGGCAACAAGCAAUAUCAAACUACUACUAUAUAAUGGCACAAAACUCAAAGUCUGUACUUCAAUCCCUGAAACCAUCUCAAGCUAUCAGAAGGCAAGCUAAGAAACUCCAUCAAGCACUUGGUACCUAGACAGAGAUGGCUGUAACUAUUUUUUCAUGUUUCCAAGUUUAUGAGCACAUACAAGAGAGAGGUCUGAAUAGCACCUGAAAGGCUGCACUCUAUACACUUGAAUGAGGCAUUACACUUUUUUUUUUUCUUUUUAUGAAACAGCUCAGGACUUCCCUUGCUUUCUCUUUUCAAGUAAAGAGAGAAUCAAAGUAGUACUGACCACAGUGUAAUAUCCCCGCAGAGAUGAGGGAACCAUCUUGGAAGUGACUUUCAUGAGGCAGUAGGUACUUAGAAAAUGAUGCUGAACUGGCCAGUAAGAAUGGCCAAGCAAGGGCUGAUGACAGACUUAUGAAGAGUAAUCCUAGGUAAGAGUAGUGCUUAAAUUGGUAUCCAGCAGCCAUGAGAUUUAGCACAAAUACUUUCCAUGUGAAAAACAUUGGUCUAUUAUUUUGAAAGCCUAACUUGUUGGGGUUUUUUUAUUACUAGCAAACUCAUUAUUCAUCAUGUUAGCUGGAAGUUAAAACAGUAGUGGCUUCUUUGAGUUCUAAGCAAAAUUGCCAUUCCAAAGCAACAGGAUUCUGUGGUGUCACUCAUGCCACAAGAAUAGAAAAGUUGACCUCCAAUCUAUUAUUUCAGACAGAUCAAACUGCCUCUAUUUAUAAUGUUCCACUAGCUACUUGGACAUAUACAGUCAUGAUCCAGUGCUUAUCAAAUUACUGGUAAGAAAAAUCAGUGACACUGUUUGUUUAAAGGCAAGGAAGGUUUUAUUUAAGUGGCUAAUCUGUUUUAAGAUUUUAAAAACCAGCUCACAUCAAAAUCUAUAGCAGUUGUAGAAAUCUUACUCCUUAUUUCAUAUUAAGAAAUUAAUUAUUGUACAUUUUUGAAUCUUUACAAGGCAGCCAUAAGAAAUAUAAACAUUUGUCACCAGAUAGAACCUUCUCACUGACAAUAUUUAAAAGUAUGCACUUAAUAAAACUAUAGACUGAAAGAACACCUACAUUUUCAAGUUUCCUUGUGUGAAUUCAGUUGUAAGGGGACUGCCCCUUUUCACCCCCCCCACAAAUAGAAAAACAAGUUAUGCAUAAGACUUGGGGUUCUGUGAGAGGAUUGCCAUUCUGGGCUGUAUACCAGUCAGCCAGGAAUAACACCACCUUUCAAACUUGCUAUCUGUAAAUCAUGUUUCUGUGUUGCAAUCUGUAGUAUACCAUCUCCCACCACGUCACAGUUAACCUGCAUCUCUUUUCCCCCUCCUGUGUUCUAUGCAUCCAUACAAAUGAACUGUGAAAUUUAUCUUCCCCAUCCCCCCAAAAUUCCAUUCAGUUUCAAGGAUAGCUUAUUGAGAUUAAUACAAGUACUGGGUAAACUGUAAUAAUCCCUCUCUGGGCUUGACCUAAAAUGAGUGAAAGAGCCAACACAUGACUUCAAUUCCAGUGUCCAUGCACAGGAUUCUAGAUGUUCCAGGCCUUAUUUCUGAAAAACAGAUCUUUUCAUGCAGAAAAAUGUGUUAUUACUUCCAUUUUUUAUGGGGGUUCUGAAUUCAGGCUCAUCUGUAGGAACAUAUAGUUAUGUUGAGUGACUAAACAUAAUGGAAGUCUUACCUUGACAACCCACAAUUUCUGCUUAAGCUUUGAACACAGACCACAAGGAAUCACUGCUCUUAGAGAAGCUGAGAAGGUAGGCUGGAAGGUUUUGUAUGUAUAGGAAUUCUAUCCUGUACCAGCUCCAAAAGAGGAAGAAAGUGCCACUUUCUCCCCUGCAUGCCUGACGUGAACAAUUCAAUGCAGAGAUCUUGAGUUCAGAUGCCACACGUCAAUCUCUAAUCAGAAAAAUCAUGAAAUUGUGGUGCAUAAUCCUCGUCUCUCCAUUAUCGGGGCAAUGAGUUUACUAAAAAGAUACCCAUGCUCCACUCAUCUAGUCCUGUGACAAUGUACUCACCUUUCUGCAGCCUAGAUGGCAAGGAAAAAUAAACUGGGGAAAAUCCUACUUGUUCAGUAACAACUGUUAGACCUACAAAUUUUAAAACGUAAAAUACCUACUGAUUUCAGGUAUUGUUUUAAAUGCUUAUUAAAAAACUUUUAGCAAAUUUAAAACAGAAAUGGUAUAGAAA